GGUUUUUUCCUUACAGUUUCCCCUGAAUCAGUAUUAAAAGUGGCUCACCAUGCUUCUGAAAACAACAGGAUUUUCACUUUGAAUCUGUCUGCACCAUUUAUUAGCCAGUUCUACAAAGAGUCUUUGAUGAAAGUUAUGCCUUAUGUCGACAUUCUUUUUGGAAAUGAGACGGAAGCUGCCACUUUUGCUAGAGAGCAAGGCUUUGAGACUAAAAACAUUAAAGAGAUAGCCAAAAAGACACAAGCUCUUCCAAAAGUGAAUUCAAAGAGGCAGCGGAUCGUGAUCUUCACCCAAGGGAGAGAUGACACUAUAAUGGCCACAGAAAUGAUUUCAUUUUUCAAGAUGAUAAUUUAUUAAAAUUCAGUUGAGGGCCAGCUGUGGUGGUCCACACUUAUAAUCCCAAUUACUUGGGAGGUGGAGACUGAGAGGA